UAAUAAUAAUGGAAAAACAAGUGUGUGAGUGUAAUGUGCUAGCUAAAACUCUCGAGUUGAAUUCGCGUUGAAACGAGACGCCGUCGUCGCAGAGCAGAGCAGAGCAGCCAGCAGCGGCGUUGUGACGUCAAAAGCAGCGAAGCAGUCACACGCACACACAUACACAGACAGACACCCCCAAUCAUACACACACAGCCACACAUACACACACGCACACUGACGAAAAUAAUAACAAAUAUAACGGCACACAAGCAACGGCAAGGAAAGGAAAGGAAUUUAUUCCAAAAUACACGACAACGAACACAACGACAAUUACCCAACCAACAAGCUUCUGCUGCAGCCAGCAAGCCAGAGGCCCGCAAAGAGAGUGUGUGCCGUGCCUAAGAGAGUGUGAGCGAAAAGGAGCAUAAAAAUGGAACAGCCGAGCAUACUCGUUAAAAUUCUGCAUUCAAUACCGCAUGUGAAUUAUACAUUUCGUCGGGUUAAUGACACCUUCAAUCCGGAUAAUGCUGUUUACCUAGAGAGCCUGGGCAUACUCGCCUCCAUACCCGCUGGCCUGCUUAUAUUAUCGCUGCUGGGAUUGCUUCUAUAUCUGCUGACAAGAUGCUGCGAUCGCAAGCAGCGCAAGCCGAGCGCUCAGCGUUGUCAAAGCUGCUCGCUGGUCAUCAUAACGCUGAUGACCUGCGCGGCCAUUGGACUAGGCUUAUAUGGCAACGAUGACUUCCACAAUGGACUGCUGCAAGCCUUCGGCUCCGGCAAGCACGUGGAGACUCUUGUGCUCAAUCUGAAACGACAGACGGAGAACAUCAAGCAUGAUCUGGAAACGAAGAUGGCCUCGCACAAUGUGGUCAACCAGGUGGAGAAGGCGCAGUACAAUCAGACGGCGGUGAUGCUGCUCAUCGAGACGUCGCGUCUGGUGCGGGAGAAUACGUCGCGAGCGGUCACCUCGCUGGACAACAUGGUGCUCUACUUUAUGAAGACCAAGGGCAGCGAGAACGAGACUUCGCUCAUGGGCAUUCUGCAUCUGGGCGAGCUCUGCGAGUCGAUACGCUGGCCGGCGACUUUGGCAUUCCUCACACUGCUGCUCUUCCUGUGCCUGGUGCUGGUCAUUGGCGUCGCUCGUCGCUCCCGCUGCACGCUGAUCUUCUUCUCGGUCUCUGGACUGUUCUGCAUCAUCAUCUGCUGGCUGCUCGCCGGCGUCUACUUGGCCACCAGCGUUGCUGCCGGCGACUUUUGCAUGCGCCCACACGAGUACAUGUGCCGCCAAGUGGGCAUGCGCAGUCCCUAUGUCUAUUUCCUCAACUGUGGCACGCUGCGGAAUCGCUUCAUAUUGCGUCUGAACGAAUCGCGCGACUUGGUGGAGCGCGCCAGGGAGAGCGUCGAUGUCAUGCAGCGCAUGAGCGAGGAGACGUAUCCACGCAUCGACAUAUCACGCACACUCAAGGCCAUGGACAACGAUCUGCAGACAACGAUGCAGAAUCUGACAACUCUGUCGGCCACGCUCGAUGGACGCGCCAUUGAUCGACACUACUCGGAGGCGCUGCAGGGACUUUGCGGCGGCGGCUUGCUGGGCCUGAGUCUGAUGAUGGUCGCCGGGCUGCUUACAUCCUUUUUGUUGACCAUUCUGGUCUAUGCUGAUUCGCAUGCGUGGAUUUAUUUGAGCAAGCGGCCGCCAAUGGAUGGCGACAAAUCGGAGACGGCGCCGCUUUUCUCAGCCUCGAAUGCGCCCAGCGCCAGCAUUUCGCCUACAGCGCCCAUGAGCACGGGCACCAUCAAUCGCACGCUCUUGCAUCAUCAGCAAGGCGGCGGCGGCGUGGGCGCUGCAGUUGGCGCUGGCGGACACACGGGCACGCUGCCCAGUGGCAGCAGCUUGGCCGGCACCAAUGGCGUUGGUCCCUAUCGGAAUGGCACGGCGGGACUGCGACAAGGGUUGGCAUCACCAUCAUCAUCCACAUCAACAUACAACCAACUACAACAACAACAACAACAACAACACCACCACCACCACCACCACAACUACAAUACACAGCAUAGAACUAACUCGACGGCAGUGGCGUCGGCGGCGGCGUCUUCGAUGGGCUCGCGUUCCACUGCGGGUGGACGACGCUCGCCGUCGCCACCGCCCGGCUAUGAUUUGGUGCAUGGCACAAGAUCCGGCCAUCAUACGCUCGGACGAUUGCCGUCGCAUCAUCAGCAAUCCUCGGCCUAUUUGCCGGGGCCCAACAAUGGCAAAUACGCGACGCUUAGCAAGCAAUGUAAGACGCUCGAAUCGAACGACUUUUACUGAGAUUCGCUUGCCUGCAGCACGUAUGCAGGCAAUAGCAACAACACGCAGCACAGCAGCAACAUCAAUCAGCAGCAGCAGCAACAACAACUGCAGCUGCAGCAGCAGCAGCAGCAGCAACAACAGCAGCUGCAGCAUCAGCAACAUCACAGCAGCAGCAGCAGCACCUUGAAGAACAUAUUUGCAUCCGCCACAUUGCCACGCUCCACGGGCAGCUCCAUACGCUCCGUGCUGUCCGCUCAGACGGCCAAUGCUCUAUGCAAAUCGCAGGGCAACGGCCUGGACGGCGACGGCCUGAGCGAUGAUCGCGAUCCGCGUGACGUCAGCAACAACAGCUUCAAUCGCUUCGACCCCAAGUACAUCAGCAUCGGACCCAAAGCGGUGCGUGGCAACAACAAUCUCAACAUCGUGGCCGCCGCCACAGCCAACAAAUGCGCCACGCUGCGCCACGUCGGACGCUACGGCGGCUCGCUCAAAGGCGCCUCGCCCUCGCCCAAUCUGCGCAGCGCCAAGGCGCCCUCGAUAGCCACCGUCUCCAAGGAUUAUUGCCAGCAGCCGGACUGCAUACCCCAAGUCUACGCCAGCGGCUCCACGGACAUGCUGGUGACCAAUGCGGCGAGCUCAGUGGCGCAGCCGCCGCCACCGCCGCCGCCCUCACAGCAGCAGCAACAGUUGCCCAUGCAAAUGCAGCACCAGCAGCAGCAGCAGCCAGCAAUACAACAUCAACAGCAGCAGCAGCAGCAGCUGCCACAACCUGCGCCGCCGCCGCCGCCACCCAAACCAAAGAUAGUCAAUACAUUUACCGAAAUUCCAGGCACCACUGGCGUCGGCAGCAGCUAUGCCAAGGAGCAGCAGCAGCUGCUGGCACUGCAGCAACAACAGCAGCAGCAGCUGCUGGCGCUGCAACAGCUGCAGCAGCAACAACAACAACAGCAGCAGCAGCAGCAACAUCAUCAUCCACCGACAACGCACAUAUUGCCCCCAUCGGCUGUUUAUAGCAUUGACAGUAGCGCUGUUUAUCCGCCGCCAACAGCAGCAGCAGCGCAGUCAACGCCAGCAGCAGCAGCACCACCACAAGCAGCGCCGCGUCUGCCGCGCAUUGUGAGUCAGCCGCUGCCCGAAAUACCCGUGCAAUCGCCCACAAGCAACACGGCGCAGUCCAAGAUUAGCUCGCAGCCGCUUUGCGCUGCCAACUUGGGUCAGUAUCGCUCGCUGCAGCGUCCGCAUGCAACAGCAAAGCUGCAGAUCUCCGCUCAGCAGCAACAGCAGCAGCAGCCGCCAUCGUUGCCGCCCAAGAAUCGUCACAAGAACUCGCGCGACGUCAGCAAUGCAAAUCACAUGCAGACGCUGCCACCCAAGUCGGCAAGUCUGCGGCAGCAGCAAGCGGCAAGCUUUGGCUACGAGAGCGAGCGCGUGCGUGAGCGAGAGCGCGAGCGUGAGCGCGAACGCGAGCGAGAACGUGAGCGACCCCGACGCGCCGAGACGCUCGACAAUGCGCGCAGCCAUGCUGAGCAGCAAGCGUAUGGAGCGCAGCCCAUGCUCAGCAGCAUGAAGAAGCAGCACAGCUACGACAGCAACUAUCAUCAGCAGCAGCAGCAGCAGCAGCAGGCAGCGUACUACCAGCAACAGCAGCAGCAGCGACAACAUCAGCAUAACAACAACUAUCAUGGCAGCAAGCAUCAGCAGCAGCAGCAACAACAGCAACAGUUGCUCAUUGAGCAGCAGCAGCAAGCGCUGUUCUAUCGCUCGCUCAAACGUGGCGCUAGCGCUGGCAGCGCUGCUGCUGCAGCGGGCGUCUCGGUCGCUCACAUCAACAACGAUUUGUAUUCGGUAACGGAAUUGUAGGAGUGCGCCUGCUGCGGCGGCGGCGUUGAUAUUGUGCGGCGCGGCACAAGCUGCGCCUCGGCCACAGCAUCAACGGCGCUGCAUGCAGCGACGGCGGCAGCCUCAACCAACAACACACAACAAGCGCUGCCUACACUGCCACCCAAAAAGCAUCGCUCGCAGCAGCAGCAACAACAGCAGCAGCAGCAACAACAACAACAACAACAUCAUCAUCAACAGCAGCAGCAGCAGCCUUGCAAUGCAAACAUUUGCGAUGAGCAUGAAUACGAUGAGUACUGCCCGCAGCAAUUCGAAGCACAGCAGCAGCAGCAGCAACAUCGUCAUAGCAAACAGCAACGUGCUGCUACCUUCGAUGUUGCCGAUGCACGCGACUAUGAGCUAAAGCGUCUGGGCAAUCGUCGCUCGCAGCAAGCAGCAGCCAAACGCAAUGGAGCCGCCGCUGCAGCAGCAGCAGCAGCAACUGUUGUUGUCAGCGAGCAGCAGCAGCAGCAGCCACAUCAUCGCACACACGAUCGCGAGCGUUCGCGCAGCGAUCAUCGCAUUGCCAGCUAUGCCUGCGAGGAUGUUCAAGCGCUAUGCAGUGCCGGCUCCAUGAGCGUGCUGGCAGCCAAUGGUCAAACGCAUCGCAGUCACCAUCAGCAGCAGCAGCAGCAGCAGCAACAACAGCAGCAGCAACAGCGGCGUGAAAAGACUUUCAAAGUAUGAUUUUUAGAGACGUCAUAAAAAUUGCCCAGCCCGCGACAAGUUGGCAACGAGCAGCAGCAACAGCAGCAGCAGAACAACAGCAGCGAUGGCAGCAAGCAGAGCGUUGUGCGUAGAAGACGCACGCGUUAGACCAACAGCAGCAAGCAGCAGCGCUCGUCGUCCAGCUAACAAUGCGGAUUUUUCUAAAUAAUAAGAAAUUACAAAAUACGUACUUGUUCCCCUCCAAAAAACCGCAAAAUUCAAGCGCCCCGUACUCUAUGUUGCAUGUCCAGGGACCGCCGCAUCGCUUCAUUUUUUGUAAUUUUAUAAAAAAGCACAAAUAAUUAAGUUUCGAUGCUGUAAUUUAUUAUAAUAUUUAAUGUUUUUAAACAAAAAUCAAAUUGGCAGCUCAAAUUUAAGUUUCGAACUCGCUAAUUAAUUUUCCAUUGUAAAAAUUCGAAUUCGAAACGCGGUCCCUUAAGCAAUUAGCAAUUGGUAAGCCAACUGCCCAACCUUGAACCCUUGACCUUUAGUAGCCAAAAAGCCAUGUUAGUGUACUUUGAAAUAUUUAUAUUGCCGCCAAUUUGGUGAAUCAUUUGUUUAAUUAAGUGCAAAUGUAAAUGCAAUACACCAAUGUUGUAAUUUUGCAGCCCAGAACAGACAAAAAGCCGUGCCUCAUGCAAAUGCACACAAACACACACAGAAACACACACACACAUGCAAACACACACAUUGAUUCGCCCUGUGUCGCCUUGUU